GAGGUGAGUUGGGGCCCACAGUAGGGCUGGACGGGUCGGAAGGUGUCACUGUGUCCCGUGUGAGCGGGCACAGCACUUCUGUAAGCGCACGCAGUGUUAGGGUCGCCCGUGAUGUCCCUGGCUCUGUCACCAUCAGUACUUAACCAAGUCACCCUCCCAGUGAGUGCGUCUUGACUCUGUUCUCCUUUCUCGCUCCAGCAGCGUCACCCUGCACACCAGAAAGCUGGCGGGCACCAUGGGGAAGAAACAAAACAAGAAGAAAGUGGAGGAGGUGCUGGAGGAGGAGGAGGAGGAGUACGUGGUGGAGAAAGUGCUGGACCGCCGGGUGGUGAAGGGCAAAGUGGAGUACCUGCUCAAGUGGAAGGGCUUCUCGGAUGAGGACAACACGUGGGAACCCGAGGAGAACCUGGACUGCCCUGACCUCAUCGCCGAGUUUCUGCAGUCGCAGAAAACAGCUCACGAGACAGACAAGUCAGAGGGAGGCAAGCGCAAAGCUGACUCCGACUCUGAAGAUAAGGGCGAGGAGAGCAAACCAAAGAAGAAGAAGGAAGAGUCGGAGAAGCCACGAGGCUUUGCCCGGGGUUUGGAGCCUGAGCGAAUUAUUGGUGCCACGGACUCCAGCGGAGAGCUCAUGUUCCUCAUGAAAUGGAAGAACUCGGACGAGGCCGACCUGGUGCCCGCCAAGGAAGCCAAUGUCAAGUGCCCGCAGGUCGUCAUCUCCUUCUACGAGGAGCGGCUGACGUGGCACUCGUACCCCUCGGAGGAGGACGACAAGAAAGACGACAAGAACUAACCGGGAGGCCGGAGCCCCGGUCCCGCCACCGCACAGUGGCCUGGGAAGAUGCCCUUUGAAGCGCAGCAGCGAUUCCAUGCCGGGCCGCAGGGUGCCUGUCCCGCUCCGCCCCGCUCUGCCCCACUCCGCCCCACUCCAUCCCGCUCCGGGGAAGGCCUCCUGUGAGGGACAGACCUGCGGGCGGGAGAGCAGAGGGCCCGGUCAUCUUCAAGGCGCGUCUCCGCAACCCACGGCCUUCUUCCCGAUAGUGUUAACUGCAUUUCUACAGCGUAGCAUGUGUGUGGUUUUGGCUGUUGCUGGUAUAUUAUUUGGGGUGGGAGGGAUGGGCAGGGGAGAAGGGGAGGAUCAUUCUGAUGAAAAUCGGGGUCUGGUCGGGGAGUGCUGAAGACAUGGACAGAACACCUGACGAUCUGGUUCUGUGUUCAGGAUAUUUUACCUUCUCAAAAACUGUCACUCACACCACAAACGAGGACUGGGAGAGACUGGUGCAGACGCUGUGAAUGCCUGAAAGCCCAGGCCAGCUGUCCCUGCUGGGGCUCGGUGCUGUCCCCUGGGGACCGGGCGGCUCCUAGGUUGCCAAAGCGGCCGCUCUGGAGAUGGACACGGCGGAGGUGGGAGGUCUUCUGGGGGCCGCGCACAGGAGGCUUCUGUCUCGGAGGUGCUAACCCUUAACUAGAUGAAAGGACAUCUCUUCCCGUCAGCAAGUUACCGUGUCCGCCUGUCCAGCAAUGGCGAAAGUGCUGGGGAGGCCUCGGGAGGGGCAGCAAGAGUUGGGAAUGGUGUGGCCCAGACUCUUAGGGUGGAAAUUUGGGGCCUUGGGACUUUGAGCUUUGAAUUCGGAAACAUUGGGCCAGUCACUGACGGCACAAGUUUUACUGAGUCAGUUCAAGGGGCAGGCGAGUUCAGGAGCCCUGGUCCCGGGGAUUCACUUUCACAUUGGAGCAGUGUUGAGCACCCGACAUAUUUUGGGGGGAAUAAAUGUUAAGAGUUAACACGGACACCACAAUGCUCUGCCUUCAAUUCUGAGACCCAGCAGUUCUUGACAUUGUCUUGAGCUAUGUUGUAAAGUCUUUCUAGGCAUGUGUUAGAUUUCUGUGAAAUUUUUCUUUAAAUGUAAACUUCAUACUACACUGUCAGUUUUUG